UUUAAUAAUUAUCAUUGUAGCUGACUCCUUACUUUGAUAUUUUGUGCUGUUUUAACCAAGAAUUAUUUUAAAUAGCAUUAUGCAGUGUCUUCUUAGAUUUUAUUUCUAGUUUAAUCGUUAUGUUUUCUUAAUUUUUGAAUGAAUUAAAGGCAUUAGAUUAUUUUGUUUGUUUGCUCAACUGAUUAAAAUUUUGACUUGAUUUUACUAAUCAGGAAUUUAGACAAAGUAGCUGUCAGAUGUUAUUUUAAAUAUAGUCAUUUUAAUUUGUAAAGUGUAAGAAAAGAAUAUUUUACUUCAAAAGUUUUGAAUUGAACAUAAUUUGUGAAAUAAUAUUGCAUGAAAUAUGUGCAUUAACGAACUCGCAAAAAUUAAAUGUAUGAAUAUUACAAUAACAUCUUAUAAGUUGUUUUAUCUAAAAGAAUUUAUUUCCUGUUGACAUUUAUGAGGAAAAUGGGAGGUGGCAAGACUUCUUCGUCUUCAUCAAAUGAAAACCUUGCAAGUGUUGCUGAAAGAGAUUUGCUGGAAUUUUAUAGAAGACAUUUUGAUGAAUUGCAAAGGAAGGAUGAUAAAUAUAAAGAAAAAGUGGAUAGACAUUUAAGAGAAUUAAUUGCUGAUAGGCAUGAAUUGGAAGCAGAGGUUUUACGCCGAGGAGAAAAAAUAUCUGAUCUUCAGAAAGCACUUGUUGAUCUUCAAUUGAGCUGCUUCGAAGAAAGGGAACGCUUCCUGAAUGUUACAGCUGAAAAUGAACGAUUAAAAAAAAACGAAGAGAAACUUCAUGAAAGCAUUCGCCAUUUGUUAAGCCUUACAAGAGACCAAGAACUACGUGAUAAAAUUAUUUACAUUUUGCAAGAACCUAAAGUAGAAAUUGGUGUAAGAUAUGAUUCAAAAACUCCAGGUUCGUCAUCAUCUAAUGUCAGAAAAUCAAAAGAAGAUCUUUUCAAGGAGCAACUCCAAAAAUUGCAAUCACAGCUUGAUGAACACAGCAAAGUUUCACAAAUCAAAUCAGAUGUUAUUCUUGAAGACUGUAAGUUAGCCCUUAUGAAAUCUAAAGAGAAAUUAAUGAAAAAUGAAGAAGAGAUUGCCUUUUUACGAAAGAAAUUGCAAGACACUGAAAAUGAACUCUCCAAGUUUAAACAGGCACAGUCUAGGUUUCGUGAAAGUUAUCACUCAAACGAACCAACAUUUUCAAAGCAAUCUGCAAAUACUAGCAAAUAUUUUGCAACAUCCGAUAAUAGUAGAAAUUGUGCUUCUCCUGAAAAUCAUUACCCAAAUGAAACAACAUCUUCAAAGCAAUCUGCAAAUGCUAGCAAAUAUUCUGUAAUAUCUGACAAUGUUGGGAAUUAUGUUGCUCCUGAAACUCAUUACACAAACAAAACAACAUCUUCAAAGCAAUCUACAAAUGUUAGCAAAUAUUUUGUAAGCUCUGAUACUAUUAAAAAUUUCGAUUCUCCUGAAAAUCAUCACACAAAUGAAGCAACAUCUUCGAAGCAAUCUGCAAGUACUAGCAAACAUUUUGUAACCUCUGACAAUAUUAGAAAUUCAGAUAGAACUGAUAAGCCAUUUGAUAAUAUUCGCUCAAUCUCUACAGAUUUGCAUUUAACUCUUAUUUUAUUAUCAAAAAUAAUAAAUAAAAUACUCUCUCUUCUUAGUACUAUUCAAAGUUCUCAGGUUUAUGUUGAAGCAGCAAAACUGCCAAAAUCUAAAGCAAGCUCACAAGUGUAUAUUGGUGAAAGUGAAGUGAUUCAACUCCAGAAUUAUGUUCGCCAAUGUACACGUUUAAGUUUUGAUGUAAGUAAUUUAUUGAAAUCUCUUACCAAAGCAGUCACUUCUGAAGAAGUGAGAGUUAGAGGUUUGGAUGUAGAAAGAGAACUAAAAGAGCUUGCAAGUGCUUUUGAAGAACUGGCUGUGGCAACAGCAGAAGCCGAUCUAGUUUGCAUUAGCUUAUCUCGAGCAACAUUUUUUGAUUGCUUGACUGGGCCCAAAAAGACUUUUGAAAAGUUUGGUGUUAAAGAAAAAAGUAAUCUUUCCAAGUAUAUAUCUGAAGUUGGCAAAAUGGAAGCAAAUUUAAAGUCGGCAAAUUCUUAUGUAAGCCAGUCUUUGAAAUUUGCAGAAAGAAUCAAUCAGAAAUGUUCCACCCUAUCAAGUGAAACUCGUGAUCAGAUUAUUCAGGUUGAUUCUGACCUACAUAAAAAUCUGCAUUCAUCAAGAGAUAACUUACAUUCCAGUGAAAAAUUUUCAAAAACUGAAGAGCCAACUAAAUUUGAUAUGAAUAAAUUCAGCAAAGAUAUCAGAGAAAUGGAAAAGAAAAUCCGUACUGCAGAAACAGAUGAUCUGACUAGAAAAAUAAAUAAGACACUUACAAAAAUUAAGCAGCUUGAAAAUAGUGAAUAUACUAAAGAUGAAUUUUGCAAGCAUUUGGCAGAGCAAGUUAAUUCAUUGGCAGAAAAAUUAAAGGAAAUGUAUUCAGAAUUUAAUGUAAAAAACAUAAGAGAUCAGUUUUCUGAGUAUUCAUCCUUGACUCUUAGCAAAUUAGAAGCAUUAGCCAAACAAAGUCGGAGUGCGGUAAUGGCUGCCGAAGCCCAAUUAACUGCGCACAGGGACAAUGCAAGAGUUUUGUCGCAAAAACUUAGAGAAACAGAAGAAUUGCUUCGUGAGAGUAUAAAUGAAUGCCUUGUUUUAAAACAAAAAUUACAAGUUGAACAAUUAAACAGAGAAAUGGAUAAAGCCAAAUUCAGUAGAGAGCUUCAUGAAAAGUUGCAUCGAAUAUCGGAUUUUCAUGACCUUGAAGCAGCUGUAAAAGAAGUUGCUUCAUCUUUGGCCACCAAAAGAGAAUCAAAUGCUUCUGGACCCUAUGUAUGUAUACAUUGCAGAGAAGGAUUGGAACAUAUGUUAUGUAGUGAAAAGAUUAAGGACCUCAAAAGCACUAACAGAAGAUUAGCUUCAGAGCUUAAACAAGAAAUGGAUAAGACUAAGUUCAAUAGAGAACUUCAUGAAAGACUUCAACAUAUACCAGAUUAUUAUGACCGUGAAACAUCUGUAAAAAGAGUUGCUUCAUCUGUUGACACAAAAAAAGAAUCAAAAGCUUGUGGACCCUAUGAAUGUAUGUAUUGCAACCAGGGAUUGGAACAUCUGCCAUGCACUGCAAAGAUUAAAGACCUCAGAAGCACUACCAGACGAUUAGCUACAGAACUUAAACUUUUGGAACAUGAGAAUAAAGAAGAAAAAAGAUUAGCUCGAAUGAGCCAAGAACAGGCAACAAAAGCAUUACGUGAACUGUCUUUAGAAAAUAAAAGCUUGAAAGACACUGUAAAGACAUUAGAGACAAAGAAUGCAUCACUCUUGGAACAGUUAAAACUAGAGAGAAACAGACUCAAAAACAUGGAAAGAUUCCGUCGCUUGGAAAUGUCAGGAUUUCAGACAGAUAUAAAUAAUUUGAAAGCUAAGAUUCAAGAUUUGGAAAAGCAGCUAACAAAAGCAGUUUUGAUAUUUGAGCAUGACAAAAAAGAUCUUGAACUUUUGAAGACUGUACAUUCUACAGCACAACACUCAAAACAAGCAACUGCAGCUAUCAGACGAUUAAAAGCAAAGCUGUAUGAAUUGGAAAAUGACAUAAAGAAUUUAUAAACUAUUUAACCAAUUUUAAUAGUAAUUGGACAUUCAUUAUUACAUAACUAUAAUUGUUGACUGUUGCAACUUCCCAAUAAUUAUUUCAAACAUAUUGUUCAAUUUGUUUUGGCAUCAAGUUAUGUAGAUUUUAAUAAUCAUCACUUUUAUAAUAUUCAUAAGCAUAUGUUUUAUA